GGUUUGGCAUUCCCUGUAUCCCCAUAUUGGCAGGUAUAAGCUAACCUGUUAGCUGCUUAAUUAUUAUUGUAACUUACCUAUGACUAUUCUGAGAUGUUUCAGUCUUGUCAACACGUCCUUCUUUGGGUCCAACACUUUCUGUGUUGAUUUUUUAACGUCCCCAUGAGGCUUUUUGGAGAACAUUCCUGGGGCAGGAGACACAAGAAUGCGAUAGUAGGGAGAAGCUAGCUGUGUAGCCGCUCAGACAGCUCGAGAUAAUCUGUAACUAUACCGACAAACCCUCGCGCCUGGAUGAUGUAUUAACGCUGCGAACUAGCAGCCCUCCGACACAGCGCGGAGUUUAUCAACGGGUGAAUUGACGUAGACGCAUUGUGUUCAUACUAAAACAGAUAUGUAAAACGUAGCAGGGCAAAGCAUCCAUCCAUUGCACCUCCCUUCCACAACAGUCCGCAGCCUGAAGGCUAAACUAGCUGGUUAGCUACUUAGCUCUGCUGUUCAGUCGAAAACAUCAUGGCGGAGCAGGCAGGAGGGAAAACAAAAUAAUGGACGCCAGAUAAAUUAAACGUCAUAAUAGUUCAACAAUAAGCUAACUUUACAUACUCUAUUCGAAAUAAUAACUGUAUAAUUGUAACAAAACGGCAAUAUACUUUUAAAACAAAGGUUGUUUUAAAUGUAACUAGUGGUAACGUUUUAAAAGCGUUUAGACAAGUUUUGCUCGAGCUUUCCCCCUUAAGGUACAGGGCUGAUGGGUAACGUAGUUCACGGCAGGUUGUUAGAACUUAGGUUAUGUUAACAUUGGCAAGACAUAAGACUACAGCUCCCAACACAAAUAAGAGCGCCCUACGAACAUUUGUUUUUAGCUUAGCUGAGACACACGAGUGACAUUCUAACCGAGCGAGGGAAAAUAAGUUAUUUUAAGCUUAUUUUUGAAUUAUUUAAACAAUCUUGCAAACGUCUUGCACGACCCCAUAUUUCUGGAGUGGAGCUGCUGCCAUGCCGGUGCACCGGGACCGGGAGAAGAAGGAGAGCACGGCCGAGGAGAUGGAGGUGGAGGAGCACGAGCAGGAGGCGUCCAGCUCCGAGGAGGAGGACUCCGACACCUCCUCCGUCUCCGAGGAUGGAGACAGCUCUGAAAUGGACGAGGAGGACUGUGAGCGGAGGAGGACGGAGUGUUUGGAUGAAAUGACCAACCUGGAGAAACAGUUCACCGAUCUCAAAGACCAGCUGUAUCACGAGCGCCUCAGUCAGGUGAACAGCAAGCUGACGGAGGUGGAGGCCGGCAGGGCGGCGGAGUAUCUGGAGCCUCUGGCCGUGCUGCUGGAGAACAUGCAGGUCCGCACCAAGGUGGCAGGUAAACUCUAAACACACACACACACACACACACACACACAAACA